GUUUUCAUGUGUUUGCAAUGCAAAAUGGUUACUUCUGCAUAUAUCUGUGACUUUAAUUGUUAGUUUUUGUCGCUGAAAUGUGUUUCUGCAGCGUUCCCUGCAGGCUCACAGCAGAUAUUUUCUGUUCUAUCUCAUGAUAUUGCUUUCAGCGUUUCAUCUGCUGAGCUUCUUCGUCAUCUGUGCCAUAAACUUGUUCAAACCUUUUUUCUCUUUAAGGAAACCAGAAAAGUAAAAACAUUUUCUCUUGUCUUGGUUGCUAGGAGGCAGGCGCAGAAACUAAAACUGCUUGUGUGAAUGAGUUUGUGAGUUUUUUGUUGUUGUUGCUGCUGAUAGUUGUAUCUGAGUGAGCAUGCAGGUGUUGGAGAACAAGUUGUCGGUGCGACACUGCCUCACCUUCGUUACGGGCCUGGUGGAGUGUCUGUGCUUCGCCGGCGCCGUGUUCGGAUGGGCUUCUCUUGCCUUUGUCCUCAAGGUUGACGGCUACUUCAGCUCUCUGUGCUUUAACACAACAGGAGUCAAUGACACUCAGAUAUUAGACUGCAGUGCACAAGAUGAGCAGCUUUCACUUAUUUUCACCAUCACCUCCUUUAUGAACAACUUCCUCAUGCUGCUCAAUGGCUUCCUUUUUGAUCACUUUGGUACCACAGUGGCUCGACUGUUGGCAACAUUUCUUUACACCACUGGCUCCCUGAUGGUGGCGCUCUCUUCACCAGCUCUUCCUUUCCUGCUCUUCCCAGCUCUCCCCCUUUUGGCUGUGGGAGGCAUUUUAUUUCUGAUCACAAACAUGCAGGUUGGAAACCUGUUUGGCUCACGUCGCUCUACAAUAAUCAAUAUUUAUAAUGGAGCUUUUGAUUCUUCCUCAGCACUCUUCCUCAUCAUUAAGCUGUUGCAUGAGUCUGGCGUCUCUCUCCACGCUGCCUUCCUGUUUCUGUCGGCCUGCAGCGUCGUCCACGUCCUCAGGACGUUCUUCCUGCUGCCCAGAACCUUCAUUCCUCACCCACUGCCUGAUCGCUACGCAUACGGGGUCUCUUGUGGUGCAUUAGAGACUAUGAGCAAUGAGGUGACUGCAAACAACUCUGCACGCACAGGAGCAGAGGGCACACUGUUUACGAAGGACGUCCCUCUCACGCAAGAGAAGACUUUUCGAGAGUGCUUGCUGUCCAGGUUCUUUGUGGGCCACCUGCUCUGGCUGUCGGUGAUGCAGCUCAGGCACUUCCUGUUCAUUGGCACCCUGAACCCCAUGCUGCUCAGGCUGACAGAAGGAGAUUCCUCUCUGGUGAGCCGGUACACCAACGCUUUUGCUUUCACCCAGCUGUGCGCUGUGCUGUGCGCUCCCUGGAACGGCCUCAUCAUGGACCGACACAGGGGAAAACCUCGAGCUGCAGGGGAGACGGAGCAGGAGGCCGACCUGCGGGCGUCUGUGCUUUCUUUAUUCCUGACGGCGCUGCAGUGCGUCUUGUUCUCCCUGUGUGCUUCCGUCCCCUCUCUGCCUCUUCAGUACCUCACCUUCAUCUUGCAGGUGCUGAACCGCUCCUUCCUCUUCGGCGGCAUCGCAGCCUUCAUCAGCGUGGCGUUUCCGUCGUGUCACUUCGGGAAGCUGUACGGUCUUGGUAUGUCGCUGGCUGCGUUGUUUUGUCUGCUGCAGUACCCCUGCUUCGCUCUGGUGAACGGCGCUCUGGGUGGAGAUCCUUUAUACUUGAACAUCAGCCUGACGCUGCUCAGCUUGCUGGCCUUCAUACAUCCCCUCUCUGUUUACCUCCACUGUCAAAAACUUGCCUCUCUGAGAGACAAGAGGAAAAACACAGAUUUCUCUUCUUGAAGCCCACUGACUGAUGGGACAGCGGUCCCCACAUGAAUGACUGUGCCAUUGUCAAACAGAUUCACUAUGCUGGGUUUGAAAAUAAACUAUGGGCAUAAGCUUUAAUUAAAUGUUAACCCAGCUGUUAAUUGAGCAAAUUUUAUAUACUGCAUUUCUCUCGAGUAAGAAAUGAACACUUAUUGUGAAACAUAUAUCAUGGGUUACUCUUAAAAUGUUACAGGCCGGAUGAGGCUUAUUUACCGGAUAAUUUCAUAACAGCCAUAGUGGUUUGCAUACAAUUUCACAGUUUAGCCGCCCUGUUGAUGAAAGGGAGUCUGCAGCUCAGCAACACACACAGCUUGUUUCUCCUGUCUAACCCAAAGAUCACAUGAGCGUAAAUCUUAAUUCUGCAAAGGUGUUAAAGUUGCCAGAUCUGUUUACAGAUCCAGGCCCGUUUACAGAUUCAACUACGAUUAAAAAAAAACUUAAACAAAUAAUUGUUUUCGGUCAGGAAGGUUGUGUUCUGGGUUUGCCCUAUAGUUUCUCUGCCCAGUGGGGCAAAAAAAAAAAAAAACUCUGGUGGUGUCCAGAAUGUGUCCUGCUUGAGCAAAUACCAACCAACUUCAACUUCAGUGUGGAGUUUAGUCAGGCUGCAGUUGGUAAUGCUCAAGAUAAUGAGGCAUGGCUUGACUCCCAGUUUUAGAACCACAUUGUGCCAAACUUUCCGCCCCGCAGAUGGUGGACCCAGAUGAAAAAAGCAACCUGUAUCUUGCCGGAAAAGGCAAGCUGUGCAUCCUCCUCAGCCACAUUUAUCAUCUUCUAAUCCUUUUACUUUGUUCCAUGGUUUCACCUCAUGUAUUGUCGCUCUUACUUGGUGCAAAACAAAAGUUGAUUAUAUGAUGUGUGAACAUGCUUUUCUUUCGUCUAAUAAAUUUUUUUUCAGUAGCUGACUAAUGCUUCAUGUUAUUUCUUUCGUUUAUAAUCUGUCAUUUGUGCUUGAGGUUUUGUGUGUGGUGCCUGUCCUUUGGCAGCACUUGCCAAAAGAUGAAGGUGAAAAAGAUUCAAUUCUUGUUCAAAAAGAGGUUUUCAAGUUAUGCUUAUUUUAAGUUCCACAAAACUUCAGUGCAAUGAUUUCCUUAGAAAUGUCAGGAAUUAAAUGCCAGAUGAUUGUUUGCCAUGAAACUUAUUGCUUGGAGCUUCCUGGGACAGUGAAAGGGCCACUGGACCGGAGCUACGGGAAGGAAACACAUUUCCGCCACCUGCUGGCUUUACAACGGACCCAUGUUGUUGUUGUUUUUUUCCCAAGGCGUUGACAUUUUAGAAUAAUGUCUUGAUUUUUUUUUCUCAGAGAAAAAAUAUAUUAAAAUCUGCAUUAAACACAGAAAAUUAAUUUCUCCUCUUCAGGUAGGUCGUUACUCAAGAGUUCUGGUCUGUGAAACUAAUUUAAAUUUAAUUUCUGUUGCAUUUAUCAGAGCCUCAGUAGUUUCUCAAUUAAUCUUUUUUUAUUUGGAUAUGAUCAAAUCUGUAAAUAAUUAAUGUUUAGUAUGAAAUAAUAUUUCAGAUCCAAUAAAGAACACAGACAAAUAGCAUAGAUCUCAUAUAUUAAUGCAUAUUUUAUGUUGAUAUUGCACCGACUGAGGCAUUUGUCGAAACUCUAAGAUGAAAUAAAAGUAACAGAUGGGUGCAACAUUUACAGUAACAGCAUUGUACAAUAUUCUGAAAUACUAGUAGAAGUAACCUGGAAUAAAACAAAAACAAAAC